AUGUCUUUCUGGGAUACUCAAGAAGAUGAUGAAAACUCUCUUUCUAAUAUUCUCGACCAUGAUCCAGUUGAUAUGGAAGCAGUAAUUACUAAUCCAUCUCUUUUCCAAAGCUUUAGAAUCCGAGAUGAACAGUUAAUGAACGUUCUAAUCAAAAACGAAAAUCUCAAGAAGACAAUUGAAAUAAUAUUUACAAAUUCUAAUGUAAAAACAGCCAAAUUAGGCCUUGAAUUGUUUGGAGUUAAAUCUCCUUUAUUAAAAUACGUUUUUCAAGAUCAAAAACUUGCCGAAAUGGUUCUUUCAUAUAUAAAUUCAACAGAUGAAGUUAAAAGUGGAUAUUCAAUUCGAUUUUUCAUGAAUUCUUUCAAAGAAAUCCCCGAAGUUACAUCCAAUUUCUUUAAUACGUAUCCAGAUGCAUACAAGACACUAUUUGCACUUUGCGACAAAGUAGGUGUUGCCGAUUUAAUUACAACAAUCGCUUCAAAUCUUCAAAUCGAAAAUUGCUGGUUCAUUUGGUCAGCUUUACUUAUUGCAGCAGGAAAAGACCUUGGAGCUGCACCAAAAGUCUGGAAAUCAGCUCCAUUUUUAAAACUUGCCUCAGAUUCGGCCAAAAUCCAAUUGAAACAAAAAAUAGCUUUAAUUAGAGUUGUUAAAUCAAUUGUUUCAUCAAUUAAUCCAUCUCCUCUUACAAACAGAAUUUCGGAAAUUUUACCUCAAAUUUUCUCGAACCAAGAACUCCAAUUACCUGUUCUAGAGCUUGCUCUUAUUCUUCCAAAGAAUAUUACAAUCGUUUCAGAAGCAAAGAAACUAGCUCUUUCUCCAUUACCUUCAAAUCCGAAAUCUGUUGCAGCUCUUUCCAUUCUUACUAAGUUUGCUUAUAACAAAUGCGAAGAUAUCUUCAAGCCACUUGCUUCAAAGUUCAUUGCGGACACUUCAAACACCUUUUUCAUGUUGGAAUAUGUUAAUUUCUUCAAAGAAGCCACAAAAGAUCCAUCUCUUGCACAGAAAUCAGCUGAUCUAUUCGCUCCUUACAUACUAAAGAACGCAAGACGUUCAGAAUGGCGUAAAUCCGUUCCAAGAAUUGGAUUUUUAAUGAUGAUUGCCGAACAAAUUGAUUUAUAUUCCGAAAACAUUGAUGGAUGGGAAGAUUUCAGGAACAACGAGCUUAAGCAGUGGAAGGAGAGAGAAAGCGGAACUCCUGAUGAUUCAGUUUCCAUGGAAACAAUAUCUUUGGCCCAAAGAAUGGCAGCUUCUGAGGGGAUAAAGGGAACUUCCCCGGAGGAACCAAAAAGUGCCACUGGUAUUCCACCAAAAAGUGACUUUUCCAGUCCAAUUAUUGAGAAGGAAGAACCGAAACCAGCGGUAGAAGAGCCGAAGAAAGUUGAGGAACCGAAGAAGGAAGAAGAGAAGGAACCAGUUAAAGAAGAAGAACCUUCAGAAGAUGAAGAACCAGUAAAGACAAAUAAUGCGCCGAACCCACUUCAGAAUUUCUCAAUUCCUCCACCAAGACCACAACAGCCAAAGACUACAGACAUCUCAGUUGAAAAGUUUUUCGAACUUAUUAAAGAUCCAUUUUGGAAUUACAAUGGAUUACCUCCAGAACAAGUUUUCCAUGUUAAGGAGGCAUUCGAUACAGCUGAAGAAGCCUUUGAGUUCCUUGUUAAGCAAGUAUAA